AUGAUCGGCCGUCUCUCUUUUUUAGCCAUCGCCUCCGUGGUGCUGGCCGCCGAUGAAAAUGCCACCUCCUACUACGAGACCAGUCCGGCAGCUGGCAACACGUACACCCGGAACCCCACCACGUACAGCCCGACGACAUUUUUGUGGACCCCGAGCUCCUCGUCCAUAGAGUACGCUGCUGAUACGAGCACUGAAAUUUCCUCAUCGGUGCCCCUCACAAGCACGUACGAGCCGCCGACCAGCUCGCCCGCCACGUCUUCGUCCGUUUAUAUUCCGCCAACGAGUUCGUCGUCAUCGUCCUCUUCGUCGUCAUCGUCGUCAUCAUCGUCGUCGUCGUCCGCGUCCACAACUUCAUACGAGACCUCGUCGUCUGUUGAGCAGACCUCCUCGUCCGAGAGCUCCACAGCCUCGAGCACUUUGUUGGAAACGACAACUUCGCAUCCUAAUGUGGUGACCGAGACGCAGAUUUUUUCCGUGACCGUCAACAGCACUAUUUCCCACCGGUCCACCUCCACUCACCACAGCAGCUCCAGCACGAGCUCGCCCAGUACCACUUCAGCUACGGCAAAGCCACAAAAGAAGACGAGUAGCAACACUGGUCGUGACGUGGGUAUCGGUGUCGGUGUGGGCGUCGGUGUGCCAGUUGUUUUGGCAGUUGUGGGCCUCGCUUGGUUCUACAACCGCCGGCGCAAGUCUGCCGCCUCGUCCUUCAUUGACGACAAAGAGGAAGACCCCUUCCAGGCCAACAUCGACCAGUACCAUACCACCAACCCCGCGGCGAACUUCUAA